AUGUGUGUGAGUUUAUGCGGCGCAAGCGGCGAUGGCGGCGCGCCGGCUCGUGCUCAACGGGCUCACGGCGGAGGUGGAGGGCGAGGGGGUGCGCGUGGUGGUGGGGGGCGAGGGGCAGUCGCCGGACUCGCUGGAGUUCUACCAUGAGCUGGAACUGUACCGGCAGCUGCUGGCGCUGCCCGCCGAGCCGAGACGUGCGCGCACGCCGGAUCCUAGACCCACUAAGAGCCCAGAACCAACGCCGCCGCGGCGUAGCCGCACGCCGUGCGCUCGCGUCUCCGCCUCCGCUGCAGCGCCAGUGGCCUCGCCCGCCUCCGCGCCCGCGGCCACGCCCGUGUCCACCCCCGCUCCCGCCCCCACCCCACGCGCUGCGACUCCGGCGCCUGCGACGGGACACACACGCCCGGCUAAGGGCAUCUACUCGAGCGGACACCUGUGGCUGCCUCGCCUCGCCUCGCCUCGCCUCGCCUCCACCUGGAAUGUUAAGGCCGCUUAUGAGCCUUAUUUACCUACAACUGUGUUCAAAUGA